AUGGACGAUGAAGGCUGCAUCCAGAGCCAUGAGUUCUCACGGGAAGCCAUGAACUACGAACAAGUCCUCAGACAUCCAGAGGACGCGACCUGCCAGAUCCGCGUGAACCCCAACAACACGCGCCUGCUGCAUGUGGAGUACUGGCGCCCUGCAUCCAUGUUCGUGAUGAAUGGUGUGAAUUACUUCCGGCUCGUUGGUCCGCAUGCGAUCACACCUCAGGGCGGCAUGUUCUAUCGCGCACCAAGAAGUAGUCUUGAUGGAGGCGAAGGUUGGAGACUUUGCUUGAAAGAGGCACGGGAGCCCAGUUGGACGGUAACGUCAGGGCUGUGUCUGAUCGAUGCGGAGGAUUGCCUCGUAAGCCCAAGCUAUCCUGCGACAAUGAGCCCUGGGCUGAAGUGCGAGAUCGAAAUGAAGCCGGGCGUCAUCAAGGCAAUCGAAGCUCGAGACUGGGUACAUGCGCCGAACGAUGACUUUCAGGACUUUGGGGUGAUGAUGAUCAAUAGUCAGCCCUAUGGAGCGAGGCGGGCCCCCCCGGAGGGUGUGGUGCCUGUCGGGACGCUCAAGUUCUGGGGGCAACGGGCCGACGAGCAGCCCAGUGUCUAUGAAAUGUUGAACCGCAUUCGACGCAUGGACCCGGAUGCCGUGACUGAGGAGGUGCUCGAACAACUACGUGCAGCUACUACACAGCCGCGCUGGAUACCUGCAAAAUUCCGGCUAUGCCUGAAGGAGGGCGAUUACACGACCACCACGACCACCACAACAGAGGUCAUUACUCAUGGAUGGCAAGUCGAGGGGCCAUGCAUGGGUCCAGGAUUCUCAGCUCCGAACGGCUGCUUCUCCAGCCAUGACAGAAUCUUCCAGAGCUACGGCCGCGGGGAUGCGUGCACCAUCAAUAUCCCGGAGAACAACGAGCUCAGGCUCAGAUUCAAGACGUGGGAUCUCCGAGAAGGGGCGACCUUGGUGGUCAAUGGACUCGAGUACAGCACCUAUUACUCGGAUCGACCGGAUGGAGUGAUACCACAGGGAUCCAUCACCUGGUCUGUGGACGCUGAAUCGGAAUCGACCGGUGAAGGCUGGGUACUUUGUCCAGAGGAGGUGCCUGAAUGGGAAAUCGUGUCCGGGCCCUGUGUGAUGGACGAAGAUGGCUGCAUCACCAGCACGGACUACCCAGACCACUACGAGGAAUGCAGAAUUCACGCGAGGGAAGGCCUUGGCGACUGGAAGGGCGUGCAAGUGGCGCGGUUCAGCGUCGACGGGGACGGGUCCGAGCUGCUUGUGGACGGUCGUAAGGUCUAUGAGACGGGGCUCUGGCGCUUGCCCUUGGGGAAGAUUGAGUGGAGAGGUGUCAGUGAGCUCAGCACCCAGUCUUUCAGUGGCUGGAAGAUAUGCCUCGAGGUUCUGCCCACCGUGACAGCCACCACCACUUCCACCACAUUCUGGCAGGCGUGGCCACGAUCCGGCUGGCGAAAGCAGGGGUCUUGCCGCUUCAGCCCCGAUGGCUGCAUCAGUAGCACCAACUACCCUGAGUUCUACCCGGAAGCCGAUGCGUGUUCAAUCGAGGUCAACCCUGGCAAUCAGAGACCCCUGCAAGUCGUGGCCUUCAACACGGAACUGGACUCCGAUAUUCUGGUGGUCAACGAUGUUUCCUACGCUGGGGGCAGCCCCACCGGCUUGGAUGGGGUGGUUCCACAGGGAACCAUCACGUGGCUGGCAGAUGGCGAUGGCAACCGAGAGAGCGGUUGGAAAAUCUGCCUGGGACAAACGACGACCACGACGACAACCGCGUACGACCCCUUCGGCAUCGUGUGCCCCUCGGGUUCCAUGCGAUGCGAGGACUCGGCUGGGGCCUGGUGUGACGAUCGACCUCCCUUCUGCCCGCCAUUGUGCACCGGCUCUGAGCGGAGAUGCUUCAUCAAGGACUAUGAUGCGUCGGGGCAGUUGACCGGGAACGAUCCGGGCGAAGUUUGCGUGGCUGUCGGGAGUCCGUGCCCGUGCAACGAGCAGUGGGAGAAGCCAUGCGUCAUGGACACCCAAGGCACGCAAAGGUGCUUCCACAAGGACAAAGACUGUCCUUUUUGGUGCCCGUCUGGCGAGAAGGAAUGCUGGUGGGCCGCCUACGACAACUCAGGGUAUCCCGACCGGAGCCUUGCGGCCGAGAAGUUUUGCCACCCUGAAGCGGAGUUCUGCCCUUGCCACGAAGAACAUGAAGAGCUCUGUUUUUCCGCGGCCGGCAGCCCCUACUGCCUCAGCAAGGUGCAAGGUCCUUGUCCCCGGUUUUGCCAGUCGAAUCAGAAGAAGUGCACCGAGCUGUCAUACGACGAAGCGGGCAACAUCAUUCAAGAUGACCCCGGCAGCGACGGCUCCGGGGGCUACGGGCUGGCCGAGAACGAGUUCUGCGUGGAAGCAGACAAGCGUUGUCCCUGUCACAGCGUCUGGGAGCAAGAGUGCACCAAUCAGCAAGGCGACACGUGGUGUCAGAGCAUCAACUCUCCCUGCCCAGCAGUCUGCGGAGAAGCGGCCAAAUGCAUUCACGCAUCAGGCCGUGAAUCUUGCAUCACGGAAACGGGCUGCGUGUGCGAAGAUGAUGAGCUGACCUGCGUCAACGAGGAGACACAGCUCACGUUUUGCAAUUCACGCGCGAUCUGGGAAGUUUGCCCACUUACGUGCCAAGCUUCACAGAAGAAGUGCCAGAUCCAUGCCGGGGUCACGACGCCAGCGGGUUUUUGGAGAAGCAAUUAUAUUGAUUAUUGCUUCAGUGGAGUGGACGAGAGCUGCCCCACAGAAUGCGACCUGACCACCAUGACCAAGUGUCCCUCAGAUGGCGGCAGGGAGACCUGCGUCUUCGGUGUCGCGGCCACCUGCCCCCUGGUCUGCGGUGCCUACGAGGGCGUCUGCCACUUAGUGAACUACGACUCGAAGGGCGAGCGCUACUUCACCUCCGUAUGUGGCGAUCCCUACAACUGCGGCUGCGGGGAGAAUGCUGUCCAAUGCCCGGCCAGCCAAGGAGGAAAGCCUUUCUGCGAGAAAGCCAGUCUUGGCUGCCCAUUGACCUGCGGCCCCACUGAGAAGAAAUGUGUGCCGAUCUCCUUCACGGCCGAGGGUGCCCCAGACUUCAGCGUGGGGGGCUCCGAGACGUGCGUGCCCAUAUCCCGGUCUUGUCCCUGCAGCCAGAAUGCCAAGCUGUGCAGAUGGACGGAUGAGCAGGGGCAGCCAAGGGAAGCCUGCCAGCCAACAUCGCGGCCCUGUCCAGUCAGUUGCCAGGCGACGGAGAAGAAAUGUGACGUUGUCGACUUCAGCGAAGAUGGCCAACGAGGGGAGGUCCUCGAGGUCUGCGUCCCGUCCGAUGAUCCUUGCCCCUGCGGCUUGAAUGCGCAGCGGUGCAUCACCCGCCGAGAAGAGUUUUGCGCUCCGCGAGUGGACUUCGCAACUGGAUUUGCUUACCGCUGCCCUGUCCAAUGCGGGAAUGAUGAGCAAGAGUGCGAGCACAAAAGCUUCGACUCCGAAGGCAACUUCCUGGCUUCCUGGAAGGAGUGUUCGACCAACUGCUGGAACGAGUGCAAGGGCCAGAACUCCUUCUUGUGCCAGAAGGCUGCCACGGCGUUUUCUCGGGCGACCCGCCAAUGCCUGCCACUAAAUGGAGGCUACUGCAAGCCAGACUGCCCAGAAGGGGAGGUCGCUUGCCCGCUGGUGGUGAACUACUCGCCGGAGGGCUCAUCGCUUCGCUCGGUCCAGCCGUCGGUUGGCUGUGCAGCCGAUUAUGAUGCAUGCCCUUGUGGAACAGAGGCCAAGUCCUGCCCUGGAGCAGGCUGCCGAUUCAAGGGGGAGGAGUGCCCGCUCUUCUGCGGCAAUGGUCAGAAGAAAUGUUUCGUCCAGGACUUCUCUGAGGAUGAACAACUCAUCAGUGAGCGACAGGUCUGCGUGUCGGACGAUGCCCUGUGCCCGUGCGGACAAAACACAAUGCGAUGUCCCAGCUCGCCUGCUUGCUUGCUUCCAUCAGCCGCCGCCUUGGUGUGCCCGUGCCGUGAAUCCGAGACGGUCUGUGAUGUUCAGGACUAUACGCCUGAAGGCAAGAUGUCGACCCUGACCACUUUGUGCGUGCCCAUUGGUGUUGACUGCCCCUGCGGCGCGAACUCGCAAGAAUGCACUGAUCGCAACGACCCGCAGAAAGUAACUUGCAUUGCUGAAUGGGCCGGCCAAUUGCGCAAUCGAUGCCCCACGCCCUGCACACCGGAGGAGGAAGCUUCUGGCCGCACGACCUGCGUUCAGACGAAUCUCAACACCGACGGGUCCUUCCAGUCAGAGUUCAUCAGCUGUGGGGACCCGAAUGAUCCUGACUAUUGCCCACCUGGGCAGAACAUGCAACAGUGCCCUUCGGGCUCUGUGAUCCCUACAGCAGACUACUGCGAGGACCUCUACUUCAUCGAAUGUGAUGCGAACGGCUUUUGCAGCACCGUCGGUGGUUCCGGUUACGGAUACGGCUGUGGGGACGGUUACGGCAACGGCUACGGCAACGGCUACGGCAGCCGCGGCUACGGCAGCCGCGGCUACGGCAGCCACGGCUACGGUUCUGGAUGCGAUGGUCACGACUCUUACGUCGCAGGGCAGUCUGAUAUGUACUUCGAUUAUGAUUUGGGUGGUCGCCGGCUUGAUGACGUCAUGGGGUCGCUGGAGGACGUGCGGAUGAAGAUGAAUAGCGCCUUGCAACUGCCACCAGGGUUCACAACCACCAUCGCACUCAAGACUGGUACAGCCCGGCGCCUGUCUACCGACUCAUCGAGCGCAGAUCCUCGACGGACCAACACCAACAAGGCCGUGAUGACGUUCAGGAUUGCCAACCAAGGUGCCAAUCCUGUUCUUCCGGAUGUGGUCGCGGAGCAGAUGAAGACGCAGGUGAGCAGCGGCAAGAGCGGAAUGGCCGCCGCAUUGUCCCAGAUUGGCUCCGUCAACACGCAGGCAGGAAUCCCGGUGGCAUCCACGCAGACGAGAGUUCAACUACCGACGACUGCGAAGACCUCGACGCCGCCACCGUCUGACGUGCCCUUCUCCAAGCUUAUCAUUGAUGCCAUGAGCGCUGCUGCAGAGGCUGCGGCCACUAUGCUCAAGGGUGGCAACAGCACUGUGAAGACUGCCAUGGGCCAGGUUUCUUUCUUCGAGCUCAGCGACAUGUCUGCCGACAUGGUGGUGCAGGUGAGCAGCGUUUUCGGCAACACUUCAGCCGACUCACCCAUUGUGGUGUCCCUGCCAGCAGGGCUUGUGUCGAUGCUGCUCGGCCAAGGUACUGCUGUUUUGCAGGUUUUCCAGUUCCCAGCUCUGGCUGGCAAGCUGCCUUUGAACGAUGAGCGGGGUAGCGUGACCAUCCAAUCCGGGAUCGUGGACAUCUCCAUCCUCCAGGAGAUGAAGUCCAAUCAGUCCAAUCAGUCCAAUGCGGACAAUGAGUCGGUCCUCACCCUUGCGCCCGUCGAUCUCUUCGGGCUCCGCGAUUCCAUUUUUGUAAGACUGUCAGAUGCAGACCCGCAUCCCGAAGAUCGGUGUGCCUACUUUGAUGAGGUUGUGCAGCGAUGGUCGUAUAGCGGCACCUUCAUGAGCACUGAGCGACCAGGGAGUUGGUGCUCAACCAAUCAUCUUACCAUGUUCGCCAUUUUGCAGGCACCUGACCUGCGUCCAACGUCAACAUCCAGCUCUUUGAAGUCACUGGUGAUUGCUGUCGUGUUGGGCGCUGUAUCCUUCGGGCUCCUUCUUGGCCUCGGCGCUUUGGCGCUUGCGUGCUGCGCAACCAAACCUACACAAAGGCAUGUACAGCCGUUUCAGCCGUUUCAGGAGGAGAAUGCUCUUGCGACAGUGGCCCCCGGAGGGUAUGAGGACGAGAGACUUUUUGUUGCGACAGUUGCAGUUGCAGAUGCAGAGCAGCCAGAG